AUGGCGGGCAGCAGCCCGGACAUGACGAUGGAGCAGAUGAUUGCCAUGAAGGAAGGCCUGGAGGCUCAAAUCCGGGCCAUGUCCAAGCCAGAGGGGCAGCCAAACACGAGCCUCGCUGGCAAGUUUACACAGAAGGCUGGCUACCAAAGAGAUGUCGAGGAGCCACGAAAGCUAGAGACGGGCCAAAUGUAUGAGGUGGUGGCCAACUUCGUGGCAGUUCGGACCUUGCCAUCCCUGCAGGCCCCGUUCCUUCGUCGGCUGAAGAAGGGUGCUCGGGUUGAGAUGUUCGAAUGGGACAAGACUCGCUGCUGGCGGCGAGUUUGCAUUGAAACGCCUGUGGAUGCUGAAGAGAAGCCGAGACCACCCAGAAUGACAGAGGCUCAGAAGAGGUGGGCCACAGCGGAGCCAGUGUGGGAUUCUGUGAGUGGGCGCUGGGUCGAUGCUGCUCCCAAAGUGGAGGUGCUCGACUCCGACUCUGACGACGUGGUGGUGAAGAAAGAUGCCUGGAUCAUGGUACACCAUCCGGAGAUGGGGUUGCUGCUUCAGGCUGUGACGGAGAUGGGCGAGCCUGAAAAGGAUCUCAGCAGUGUUCCCGCUCAGGAGACAAAGGUUGAAGAUGUAAAGCAGCUGCAAGACUUAUCCAAUUUGCAGCAGCACUCCGGAGCAGCCUUUGCCUUUGCAGCAGAGAAGGCGCGCUUCGAUUUCUUUUGGGGCAAUUCUCCGAAUGCCGCUCCGCCGAUGCAGACCCCAUCGAGAGCGCAGAUCCCACCUUCACAAAUCCCGCCGCCUGCCAGGCAGCAGGAGUCUGAGCCAUCUAGGGCUGCGGCAGAGCUACCUCUUAUGGAAGCUGUGCGCAAGUCGGAUGAGAUUGAGGUUCGCGCAUUGUUGAAGACCGGCACUGACCCCAACGCUGCUGAUGUUCUAGGUGAGACAGCUCUGUUCGAAGCAGCUUCUGCUGCAAAUGUUCGAAUAGUUGCAGCCCUGCUGCUUCACGGAGCCGAUCCCUGGCACAGAUCAGCGCAUGGGUCGCUUGCUGUGGACAUGGCAGAAGAUCCGGCCACACAAGCCUUGCUCCGGAAAUGGCAGGAAGAAGACGUCUCGAAUUGCGACCUUGCCACUGCAUUGCGAAAUCUCACCGAAACUGACGCUGAAGCUGUUGCAGAGCGCUUGAAAGUGGGACAGCUCACGGAAGAUCCACCGGAUGUGGUAGUAAAGGAAGAGUCUGCUCCUGCACCGCAAGAACAAAAAGCUGUUGCAACACCCGGGGUGCGCUACCGGGUGGUGUACAAGAAGGUGGCUGUUCGAAAAGAGCCAGACACGAAAUCGCAAGCUUUACGCCAACUUCCUCAGGGCGA